AAACGAUUCUCUUCUCUGAGUCGUGUAGAGUCCGUUUACGUGAGCGGUCGUGGAUUCGCUUUCAGCACACGGCUUAUCACAUAUUUUUUGUGAAGAAAAAAAUAUAUAAAAUAUAAAAAAAAAUUUAAAAACCCAAAAACGUAACAAAAAAAAUUGUAAAAAGUAGCAAAAAAUCGAGCAAGUGUUUGAAAAGUAGACCUGAUCACCAAAUAUGGCUUCUCUAUACGUCGGUGAUCUCCAACAGGACAUCACUGAAUCGAAUCUUUUUGAUAAGUUCUCGUCUGCUGGUCCAGUGCUGUCCAUUCGUGUCUGCCGAGAUGUGAUGUCCCGUCGUUCGUUGGGCUAUGCCUACGUCAAUUUCCAGCAGCCAGCCGAUGCUGAGCGUGCUUUGGACACCAUGAACUUCGACCUGGUGCGCAACAAGCCCAUUCGCAUUAUGUGGUCUCAGCGUGAUCCUUCACUUCGGCGGUCUGGUGUUGGAAACGUGUUCAUCAAGAACCUGGAUAGGGGCAUUGACAACAAGGCCAUAUACGACACUUUCUCUGCCUUUGGCAACAUUUUGAGCUGCAAGGUAGCUACCGAUGAGAAGGGCAACUCUAAGGGCUAUGGCUUCGUCCACUUCGAGACUGAAGAUGCCGCCAACACUUCCAUCGAAAAAGUCAACGGUAUGUUGCUAAACGGCAAGAAAGUCUACGUAGGCAAGUUCAUUCCCCGUAAGGAGCGCGAGAAGGAGCUCGGCGAGAAGGCUAAGCUCUUCACCAAUGUGUACGUCAAGAACUUCACCGAGGAAUUUGACGACGAAAAGCUUAAGGAGUUCUUUGAACCCUACGGCAAGAUCACAAGCUACAAGGUCAUGUCCAAAGAGGACGGCAAAAGCAAGGGCUUCGGAUUCGUGGCCUUUGAGACCACAGAGGCUGCUGAGGCGGCCGUCAAGGCUCUAAAUGGCAAAGACAUGGGCGAGGGCAAGUCCCUGUACGUGGCCCGUGCUCAGAAGAAGGCUGAGCGCCAGCAGGAGCUGAAGCGCAAGUUCGAAGAACUGAAGCAGAAGCGUCACGAGUCUGUGUUCGGCGUUAACCUGUACGUGAAGAACCUCGACGACACUAUUGAUGACGAUCGCCUGCGCGAAAAGUUCUCGCCGUACGGCACAAUCACAUCGGCUAAGGUUAUGACUGAUGAGGAGGGUCGCUCUAAGGGCUUUGGCUUCGUUUGCUUCAUUUCGCCCAACGAGGCAACCUGUGCCGUUACCGAGCUGAACGGUCGCGUAAUGGGCACCAAGCCCUUGUACGUCGCUUUGGCUCAGAGGAAGGAGGACCGCAAGGCUCACCUCGCCUCGCAAUACAUGCGUCACAUGACCGGCAUGCGCAUGCAGCAAAUGGGACAAAUCUUCCAGCCCAACACAGCCGGAGGCUUCUAUGUGCCGACCUUACCGCCAAGCCAUCGAUUCUUAGGUCCCCAGAUUGCCACACAGAUGCGAAACGCUCCACGCUGGGCGCCCGGUGUGCGUCCCGGUGCCGCGGUGCAAAGCGUCCAGGGCGCAGCUGGAGCUGGUGGCUUCCAGGGUACCGCCGGAGCAGUGCCCGCCCAGUUCCGUUCGACUGCUGCUGGAGCACGCGGUGCCCAGCCCCAGGGUGUGCAAGGUACGCACGCCACCGCCGCUGUUGCAGCUAACAACAUGCGCAACACUGGAGCGCGUGCCAUCACCGGCCAACAGACUGCAGCUCCUAAUAUGCAAAUUCCUGGAGCACAAAUUGCUGGCGGUGCGCAGCAGCGUGCUUCUAACUACAAGUACACAUCCAACAUGCGCAAUCCCCCUGUGCAACAGUUGCAGCAGACCCAGCCAGUCCCACAGCAGUUGCAAGGAAAAAAUUCUGAGAAGCUCAUUGCCUCGUUGCUGGCCAACGCCAAGCCGCAGGAGCAGAAGCAGAUCUUGGGAGAGCGUCUGUAUCCGAUGAUUGAGCGCAUGCACGCCGCUCUGGCUGGCAAGAUCACCGGCAUGUUGCUGGAGAUUGAAAACUCCGAGCUCUUGCACAUGAUCGAGGAUCAAGAAGCCCUCAAGGCCAAGGUUGAGGAGGCUGUAGCUGUGCUUCAGGUGCACCGCGUAUCUGAGCCCGCUAACUAAUAUCAAACAGCUCAAGCGGAUGAAAAUUUUACAAGAACACUCGACACCCAAAAAAUUUUUGCCAUUGCAGUUUUCCACAUAACUUUCAAUUCAUUAAGAACAAUUCGCAUUCACUGAUGCCUAGUGCAAAGAAAGAACGCCAAGAAGAAGGACACACAUUCAACACAGAGGAACGAAGCGUAAAAACUCCGGCUUUUUUCUUUUCUAAUCCCAGACAAACAUCAGCUUAAACAAUUUCAAUCAUUUAAUUUCGAACGCAUUUACGCAAGUACACGAAGCAAAAAGAAGAAAGUCAAGAAAAAGCAAUUCUGCAGUAGAUUCAAGAAUUCCUUUUUUUUUUUUUUACAAAAACAAGAAGUUAACUGAACAAAAAAAUUGAAAAAUAUGAAUUGAAAGAAAAAUAUUUUUUGUCAUUGCUUAAACUGAAUCAGUAAUAUUUUGUAUGCGUAUAAAGCAAAAAUUAAAUACCUUGCAAAAUAAACAUCGGUUUAAAGCAUAAUUGUAGAAAGCUUUUUGCAAUGAUUGAAAUUGUGUUUUUAAAAUCAUCGACAACACUCCCCACUUUCAAACAACAACAACACACGAAAGCGAUAUGUAAUUUUUUUCAAUUCUUUUUUUCUCAAAUUCAAACUUUAAGAAAGCUUUGUUUAGAAAAAGAAAAACGCGACAACCAUACACUUUUAAAAAAGCAAAGAAAACAAAACAAAAAAAUUGCAAAAAAGUUAAAAUAAAAACGAAAAAAUGUAAAGCAAACUGUGCGGAACAGAACAGAAGAGAAAGGAAAAAAGAUAACCGCAAGAAUAUGAGAGUCAAGUUUUUGCUACUUUAAAAAAAGAAAGAAAAUACAAAAGCCAACAGCAGAGAAAAUAUGUUGAAAAAUGAAAACAAAACAAAAACUUUAAAAACCUACAAAAAAAUUGAAAAACCUAUGUAAAAACAGUAAAAAAAAAAAAAGGAAAUAUAUAUAAACACACAACACCCACACACAUAUUAAACAACAACAUAUAUAUGAGAAAUACAAGAAACACAAGAAAAGCGCUAAAGCGUGAGAAACUUAUGAAGCAUAUUACUGAAAAACGGCGAAAAACCCGAGGGCAAAUAAGCAAGCAGGAUUUUUAUGGUCACGUAUCCAAACAAUGGAAGCGAAAAACAAACAUUCAUUUAUUACGAUUUGCAAAAAUAUAUAUAUUGAAGAGAACUCGUAAUACGGACGCCGCCGCGAUUUUAUUUGCGUUCCGACUUUUGUUAUAUACAAAGAAACAAGAAUAUUACCAGUAAAUAAUGUUUUUACACCAUACAUAAUACGAUAUAUUAAAGCAAGCGGAAAUAAAAUCGCCGCUCGGGCAGUGAAAUUCAUAUUUUUUUAUUAAACAAAUCUAAAAUAAAAAACCAAGCAAAAAUGAUUGAAAAAAUUGCAAAACACAAAAAUCAUAUAUAUAUAUGCAGAAAAUGCAAAAAUAUUUAAAAAAAACUCAAACACAGUAAAUUGAGAGUAAAACAGAAAACAUAACCAAAACCCGAAUUGGAAUAUUCAAAAAGUUUGAAGGGAUGAAAAAUUUUACUUUUCACGAAUUAUACGCAAAUCAACACACUUCUAUAUAUAAAGCAGAUAUAUAUGUAUCCUUAUAUAUUAAAGCGAUAUAAAGCAUAAUUUGUAUGAUUAAACAAAAAUAGGAUUGUUAAAAUUUGAUUGCGCAUCUUUGAAGCAAAACCCAGCAAUUAAAACCAUUUGAAUACAUUGUAACGAAUGCAGAGAGAAAGUCCUUAAACAAACCUUUGUACACCCAACAAAUUUAAUAACAAUAAAAUUCCACUUCGGCAAAAA